GCCUCCAUUCUGUAGCACUGAACCUAUAAACCCGUGAGCACACGGAGUGUGUGAACUUACCAGACCAGCUGGGCGUGCCUGUCCCUGUCGCUCCAGUGCACGGAUUUCCUCAGAGCCUGCCGGGACCUGCGCUCUCCGUGUCCUUGCCGCCUCAGGGAAUACACACGGCUCGUGUGCGGAAUGUCUGUGCAGCCCUGCGUUUCCUAGAAGUGGAAGAAAAUUAUUUGCUGAGAUGUCAGGUGGGAAUUCUUCACGCGAAAUCCUGGAAAUGGAGAGCUGCCGCACAAGAUUCAGCGCCUGGACACCUUUUAGCAACACGUCAUUAAACAGACAGCUCUUUCAGGAAAGGGUUGCUCUUAUAAGUCAUUGGUUUGACCUCUGGACCAACAAGCAGCGCCAAGAAUUCUUAUUCACAAUUUUUCUACGAUGCACUAAAGCACAAUUAAGCUUUGUCCAAGACUGGUUUUCAAAAAGGAAGCAAGUGGCCAGAGUGGAUUUCUCUACCGUGCUUCCGCGCUUCAUCUCUCUGCGUAUCUUUUCCUUCCUGAAUCCCAAAGAUCUGUGCGCCGCCGCCCAAGUCAGCUGGUCCUGGAAGUUUCUAACUGAGCAGGACUGCUUAUGGAUGCCCAAGUGCGUCAAGUUCGGGUGGUUCCUGCCCUACACUCCAGCAGACAAGGAGUACGGUGCGUGGAAGCACCAUUACAUCGCCUGUGUGUCCGACUUAGACUGGCUGACACCCAGAGAAGCCGCCUCUGUGUAUGGGGCCCUGAAUGAACCCAAAACAGAGGAAGAGGAGCUCCAAGAGAGGCUAAAGGAAAAGUGCCUCAGGAAGAUACUCUGGAAGAAAAUUGCACUUUGUAAGAAGGAGUCACUCAGAGUUCGCCCACCUUGGGGCAGCGGGGCAGGCUACUCCCGAGGGUUCACAUCCAAAGGCCACCCUCGUGUCUACCGGAUGGCAAGGGAUCAAGCGGGAUUACAGGGAGCCUUGGAGAAAGAGCUUGUUUUGGCAUCUUUAGAAGUUUUGCCCAAACGAAACAACGUUUCUGGAAGCCAUUCCUACCCUUCAUUAUCAGAGAAAACUUGGCCUGGAGUUCACAGAAAGGACGACAGCUCUGCAUGUACUUUCCAGCCACACUUCAUACUAAUAUCGUCUCGGGUUCCUGCAUAUGAGCUGGUGGUGGACAGCGUGCAGGCUGGGGUCCUCUCUGUGGUGUACGAGCACAGCGGCAUGACCCUGGACGGCCUGCUUUACCUCACAGAGAAAGCACUGGCUGGGCGGAAGGCGCGGAGUGUGGGGAUAUUCAGUGACGGGGACAGUGAAGAAAUCAACUUACUGCAAGGCUAUAAAAUUGGUAUUAAAAAUUUACUGAGGCCUGAAGUGAGAGACUUCUGGGAGAAAUUGGGAAGUUAUGUGGCCACCGAGGAAGAAGGGGGACACGUGGACCUCUUUGUGCCGCUCGGAGCAUCAGAGGCCGGCGUGGAAGCCCUUUCUCAGCUGUCUCAGCUCACGGGCACGCUCUUUACCGCCCCCGCGGGGAUCGCCACCGGCUCCUACCAACACAUUCUCAGUGAGUGGCUGGGACCGCCGGGAGUCGGGGAUCCGCCUUCUGUGUACUUCAGCGAACCCAAGCUGCAGACCUGGGCCCGCUGGGCUGAGCUCCUGGAAGACGCCCUGAAGCCAGUGAGGAAGCAGCUCGGUCCGCUGCUGAAGGAACUGCAGACGGGCAUCAGCGCCAGGAUGGUUGGGCAAAUCAUGUUUGACUCCAUGAGCAUGGCCGACGUUCUGAGUAACCACGAUACUGCACAAGCUCUGGCAGAUGGACUGGCAGAGCUGUCAAAAGAACAUUCUGACAAACCCCUGGAGUUCUUGUCAAAUUUUCUGCUGAAGACAAGUAAAAAGAGUAAAGACUGGGAAGGGAGUGUUCCUCUGACAACAUGUGACUCUGAAGAGACACUCGGUUCAUUCAGGAAGAAAAGAAAUGUGAUAGCAGAUGACUCUCAGGACACCAAGUCAAGGCUGAGCAAAAGUGAUCUCAACUUUGAGGGUCUGGUCAAGCUGGAGGCGAGGCUGCGGGCCGGCUGCGGGGACGCGCGGACGGCGGCGGCCCGGGAGCUGCUGCGCAGCGAGAGGCGCUACGUGCAGACGCUGGCCGCCGUGAGGGACGUUUACGCGACGCCGCUGAGGGCCGCGCUGUCGGCGAACAGAGCGAUUCUGAGCGCCGCGAACAUCCGGGUCAUUUUCUCCGAUGUGCUGCGGAUUUUACGUCUGAACAGGCAGUUUCUGAAUAAGCUGGGAGACAGACUACAGGAUUGGGGCCCAGCCCACUGUGUCGGGGAAAUAUUUAUAAAGUUUGGGAGCCAGUUGAAUACGUACACCAAUUUCUUCAACAACUACCCCGUUGUUCUGAGAACUAUCGAGAAGUGCAGAGAAACCACACCAGCAUUCCGAGCUUUCUUGCAGAGGCGCGAUAAGACCAUAGCCACCAACAUGCUGAGCCUGCCGGAGCUGCUGCUGUGCCCAUCCCGGAGAUUUGACGAGUACCUGAGUCUUCUCUACGCUCUGAGGCUGCACACUCCUGCAGAACAUGUUGGCCGUGGGGAGCUGACCGCUGCAACUGACCAGAUCAAAAAAUAUAAAGAUUAUCUCGAUCAGAUAAAGGAAAACAUCAAGAUGAAGGAGCAGCUGUCAGAGGUUCAGAGCCUCGUCUGGGGAUGCCCUACUCUAUCAGAAGUAAACAGAUAUCUGAUCAGAGUCCAAGAUGUGGUCCAACUUCACUGUCCUAAUGAGGAAAUAAGUUUCUCUCUAAGGUUCUAUGAACAAAUCCGAGACCUCACGCUUUUCCUCUUCAACGACGCACUGCUUAUUUCUCAUCGGCACGUGUCUCAUGCUCCAUUUGAAAGGACUUCAAAAGCCACCUACCAGUUUACGGCAUCAGUGGCCCUUCACAGGCUCCUCAUAGAAGAUAUCCCGGAUUCCAAGUAUGUCAAGAAUGCAUUUAUUCUUCAAGGUCCAAAACAUGAAUGGAUUUGUGCUACUGAGGUGGAGGAUGAUAAAUUCCUCUGGUUGUCAGUACUCCAAAGGGCAAUCAGAAGCAGCAUGGAGAAGUGAGGCUGGACUGCAGGAAAACAUCAGGAAUGCCAAUUCUCUCUGACAAGAGUGGACAAUGUGUAUGUUGCUCUAGAACAUCCAGUGAGAAGCAGAAAGAUUAUUUGUCAUGGAUGACGACGGCAUGAACUAGGAUGGUCCAUAAGGUUUAAACUUUACCAUCUUGAUGAAAUUACGCAGAAUGUGUAAGAACAAUGGGUCUAAAAUUUUGAACCACUUUUUUGGUAGUUAUCUUUCAUGGAUAACACUAUUUAAAAUAAUUUGAUGUGAUAAAUUCUAGGAGAACAAGUAUACUGUGUGAAGCUUGCAAAAAAUGAUCUCAUGAGAAAUAAAGCCAGAAUAAAAAAUGUUAUUAAAUGACCAUUCUAAAAAAAAAAAAAAAAAAUUUGAUUUAUCAAUCAACUUUAAAAUUUUCAUGAAACAAUUACUGAUUUAAAAAUACACAGGUCAUUAUAAAUGGCAACUUUCUCAAACACUUGUCAAGUAUUCUUAAUAUGAAUGUACUUCUCUAGAGAGCAUUAAAAUUAUACUAUUACAAAGAA